AUGGCUCUCAAGGAGCGUCAUUACUUGACCUCGCCAUCCCUCAUCGCAAAAAAUCCGACCCCGUGGGCAACCAUGUACGCCGCCCGCGACUGGAGCUCGUUCGUCACGUCUGUGUCGCUUGAUCCCGAGACGUUUGACCUCUUGCUCGUCUCCUUUGCCAAGCACUACCCUGUUCACCAUCUCAGUGGAAGUGGUGGAAGACCACCAAAGAUAAACAGCAUCAACGAAGCACUUUCGCUGGUUUUGCACUUCUACAGUGCACCAUGCGAAGGCAAAACACUCUGUGCACUGUUUGGCAUGCCGCCAGCUACCCUUGCUCGAACGCUCCACAAAGCCGAAUUGGCCUUAUCGGCUGCAUUGAAGACGCUUCCUACCGCGGGAAUCCGCUAUCCAACAAAACGUCAGCAACGGGAAUGGGGAGUUCUUAUCAGCCGUGUGGAACCACUUGUGCGUGGCGUGUGGGGCUUCCUUGACGGCAAAAACUACCCAGUCAAAGCACCAACAGCAGUGGACCUCCAGAAUGCGUACUAG